AACACAAUCAGCAUAUAAAUAAAUCUUCUGGUGAACUGUGACAAGAGUAUUAUAAUCUUGAUCGUAGUGGAAAGAGUUUAGAGAGCCUUGUUCGGAAACGCUUACACUAAAGAACAUUUUGCUCUACAAUUUAUUCAAGCAUUGCAGAUCGCCACCAUGAUUGUAGAGAUCCUGCUGUUCGCGGUGGGAGCGAUUCUGCUUCACUAUUGGAUUUCCAGACCUCGGGGAAUGCCACCAGGCCCGAUGGUCAUACCAUACCUUGGCUCCAGGCCUGUCAUCAAUGUCGACCAUGUGCAGAACAUGCACAAGAUAUAUGGUGAUAUAUUUAAGUCGGAACUAGGGCCGCACAAGUUUAUAUUCCUUUGCAGCAACAAACUUAUCAAGGAAGCGUUGACAAAGUUUGCUGAUCGUCCCCAAUCAGAAAUGUUGCAUUUUCUAACUGAUGGACAAGAGGCAGGUGUCAUAAUGAGCAACGGCAAGCGAUGGCAGAACGCUCGGAGAUUCCUGCUGCGCAACCUUCGUGAUCUCGGGAUGGGAAAGACCUACCUGGAGGAGAGCAUCCUGGUGGAGGCCAGAGCGCUGGUCAAGGACUUCAGUUCCUACGCAGGAACGCCUUGUCACGCGCCGGAGUCGCUCAAUGUCGCCGUCUUGAACAUCAUCUGGCAGAUGGUCGCAAACAAGCGCUACGAUUUCCACGACAAGGAGGUGCUCGAACCCAUCGCCAUCUUGAGGUCCAUCGACUCGUCCUCCACCAUUAUGUUGAUUGAGUUCAUCCCGUGGCUGAGGAAACUGCUGCCGGAAUUCGUGAAGGAAAAAUUACUGACGGGAAUCAUGAGGAAGGUCAAAGACAGCAUAGUGACUUUAUUGAAGGACACGAUAGAUUCUCACAGAGCCACUCUCGACCCAACAAACCCACGUGACGUCAUUGAUGAAUAUUUGAUAGCCAUAGACGAAAAGAGUGAAACUGCUGAGUACUUCAGUGAGCUGGAUCUGAUGAGGAUCAUCUUCGACCUGUUCGCCGCGGGCUUUGACACGACGGCCAAUACCCUGCGCUGGAUCAUCCUCUACAUGGCCAGGUUCCCCGAAGUGCAGAGUCGCGUCCAACAGCAGAUCGACGAAGUUGUUCCGCGCGACACCUUGCCCUCAUACCAGCACAAGAGUCGGCUGCCGUUACUCGAAGCGACGAUCCAGGAGGUUCUUCGUGCGUCGUCCAUGAUUCACAACGGAGUCCAACGCGCAGCUCAGACCGAUACUUACCUGGCAGGCUACCUCAUUCCGAAGGGGUCGUGGGUGUUUGGGUGCUCGGGAAUAUGCCACAUGGACGCACGCUACUGGGAAGAACCGCAGGAGUUCCGACCCGAGCGGUUCCUCGACCAGGAAGGGAAAGUCAAAACGCCAAAGGAGGGAUUCAUCCCCUUUGGUGCAGGACGAAGGAGCUGUCUUGGAGAGGCUCUGUCAAGGAUGGAACUGUACAUCUUCACGGCAGCCCUUUUGCAGAACUUCACUUUCUCUCCUCCAGCGGGCGUCGAGGUGGACCUAGAAGCCAACCCCAAGCAACCCUCUGCACGUCUGUCUAAAGAACAAAAUAUUGUCAUUAGUAUCAGAGAGUGAUAACCUACUGGAUGUAAACUGUUAAUUUAUACUUCAAGAUUUUGUUCUACAACAUUUCUAUGUAACAUAAUCUAAUAUUAGUGGCAUUAUGAAUUUUGUGUGCCUUUUCGUACUAGAUUAUCAUAGUUAUGAAAAGUAUACAUGUUGACAAAUGUAGUGAAUGAAUGAGAAUGAAUACCUUCACAAUACAACUGGCCAACUACAUCUCUUGCAUUGUGAAAAGUUUCAUUCUCAUUCAUACCUUUUUUAAUUUAUUAUAUUAACAUAAGAAAAAAAAAACAUUCUGUAGUGCAGGAUAGGUUUAGGCUUACUCUCUGUUUUGAUAUAUGUAAAAGAAAUACUUUGUUUAGUACUGUUGUACAAUCAAAAAAAAACUGUCAUUACCUUUACUUGUGCUCAAUGAGGAACUGAGUAUUAUUGAGUAACAUUAUAAAGAAAUCCAUGCUAA